GUACUGAUCCGCCUGAGGAUUUAUCACCUGGGAAUGGAUUUUUUGGUGGGGGGGAAGAAUAAAGGAUAAUAUGGGUUUAUCAGGCAUCAUGUCUGCUUGGCUGUUAAGAAAUGCACAGAGAAAAUUGUGACCUUGGAUCCUCACUCACUGUCUAUUCCAGAGAGAAGCACUCACUCUCAGCAGGUGUUCUGGGUUAGCAUCAAGAUGGAUCUCUGAUUCAACUCCUGUGUCGUUUGCUGAGAGCUGGUCACUGUGUGAUCACUGCUUUAAAAUGGAUUCUAAAUAGAGUGCAAGCUCACUGGAUACAGACAAGCUGAAUCUUGCAGCCAAGUUCAGUGAAGCACGGAGUACAGUUUGCAACAGCUCAGGGAUCAGAGCGGACCGAGACUUCAUUGUCCAGGUAAGAAUCCGGCCAGGAUUAAAUAACAGCAGAGUCUGGAACAAGCUCGGGUGUCCCUGACAGUGAGGACAGCACAGCUGGUCUCUAGACAGCCAUUCACCAUGUUUCGCAAAAAGAAGAAGAAACGACCAGAGAUCUCUGCUCCUCUAAAUUUCCAACACCGGGUACAUACAUCCUUUGAUCCAAAAGAGGGCAAGUUUGUGGGUCUCCCUACACAAUGGCAGAAUGUGCUGGACACCUUAAGACGACCCAAACCAGUGGUGGACCCUUCCAGGAUAACUCAAGUGCAGCUCAAGCCCAUGAAAACCGUUGUCCGUGGCAGCACCAUUGGGUUGGAAGGCUACAUCUCUGGGAUUCUAAAUGACAUUCAGAAGCUCACAGUCACUAGCUCAAACACACUUAGAGGAGGAACACCUCUGUCAAGAAGACGAGCCCAGUCCUUAGGAGUUCUUGGAGAUGAAAAGCCAAUUAAUGGGCCAUAUUUGAUUGAUGAGCAGAAUAUAACUAACAAAUAUGGGAACUAUGUUAACUGUAAUGGGAAUGCUAAGACAAGUAGAAGGCAGACCAUGUGGCCAGACUAUAAACCAGUUGAAGAAAACCAGUCCAGGCCUAACGGCUCUGUCAUAAAGGCAAAAUCCUUAGAUCCUGGAGAUUUUCAAGACACACAGGACCAUGUAGCAGAUCCCAAGCAAUCACCUGCUAGUUUGAAGGAGGACAUAAUCGAUGGGAGUAGCUUCAAACGGGACAUACAAGAAACAAGACAAUUAUCCCAUGAAAUACUGUUAUCCCCACAGAAAGAUGGCACAACACCAAAAUCAGCAGAGUUUUCUUCAAAACCUAGACUGUUCCGCAGUGUUUUUGUGCCCUCUAGCAAUGUCAAGAGAGACACAGAGACGUCUAACCAAGUACAGCAAAUAAAGACUGACGCGUUCCAACGUCCUAAUCUAUCUGUGCGUGGAGUUUUGGCCAAAGCUGCUUCUCUUCCUCCUGAUAGUCUAUCCCCGGAUUUCACGAGGGUGAUUUCAGGAGCACCAGUUGAAGGUAUUUCUCCUCUUCGACCAUCUCCAGCUGGAUCCCCGCGCAGCCGUCCCAUCCAGACCAGUUCCUCUAACCUUUAUCUAUGUCAGGACAACUUUAAUAAAAACCAGUGGUGCAACCAAGACACUACUGUAGUAACACAUGAGCAGUUCAAGACGGCACUUCGCAUGGUGGUGGACAAAGGAGAUCCACGACUACUGCUGGAGGACUAUGUAAAAAUUGGAGAAGGUUCAACAGGAGUGGUCUGCAUCGCACGGGAGAAACACAGCGGACGUCAGGUAGCAGUGAAAAUGAUGGAUCUCCGAAAACAGCAGAGAAGAGAGCUUCUGUUUAAUGAGGUUGUCAUUAUGAGAGAUUACCAGCACACCAAUGUAGUGGAGAUGUACAAGAGUUAUCUGGUGGGAGAAGAGUUGUGGGUUUUGAUGGAGUACGUACAAGGAGGAGCUCUGACGGAUAUAGUAUCACAAACGAGGUUAAAUGAAGAGCAAAUUGCAACAGUCUCGAAGUCUGUACUGCAAGCUCUUGAAUACCUUCAUUCCCAGGGUGUAAUUCACCGGGACAUCAAGAGCGAUUCCAUCCUUCUCACAUUGGAUGGACGGAUUAAACUUUCCGACUUUGGAUUUUGUGCACAAAUAAGCAAAGAUGUUCCAAAGAGAAAAUCUCUAGUGGGUACCCCAUACUGGAUGGCGCCCGAGGUCAUCAUGAGGUCUUCGUAUGGAAUAGAGGUGGAUAUCUGGUCUCUAGGUAUUAUGGUCAUUGAGAUGGUGGAUGGCGAACCGCCGUAUUUCAGCGACUCUCCUGUUCAGGCUAUGAAACGGUUGCGUGAUAAUCCUCCCCCCAAAUUUAGGAACGCCCAUAAGGCUUCACCCAUUCUAAGAGAUUUCCUGGAGAGGAUGUUGAUUCGAGAAGCAUCAGAAAGGGCUACAGCACAGCAACUCCUGGACCACUUUUUCCUGUUACAGUCUGGACUCCCAGAAUGUCUGGUUCCUCUGAUCCAACAGUAUCACAAGAGAAACUCCAACUGUUAGUAGUGGAGCAAGGACUGCAGCCUUUAACUUCGACAGAAAGAAUUGAAUCUCAUGCCAGACCAUCUCAUCUACUGAAUGUAGGGUGAGGAAUCUAGUGUCCCCUGUUUGGUGAAUUCCUCACCCUGAUAUCUGUGAUGUGACACUCCGAUUUUGGGAACAUUCUAAUGGUACAGAGAGAGUACACUACUCACUGGGAAUAAUUAGUGGUGGUAAAAGAAAUGAGCUACUUGGAAUUCCAAGAGCUUACACUCCUUUACAUUCUUUCCCACCUUUUAACAGGGUUAAAUGUGAUUGUUUACAGUCGUUAAGCUCUUUGCUGCUAGAAGACAAUGUAUUGCACUGCUUGUCUUUUUUAGCAGUAAAAUGGCGUAUAUUUUAUUUUUACACUGGAAUACAGAAUGUUCAAAAGACCACAGCAGAUGCACCUUAUUAUUAUUAUUUUAUUUUUUAAAACUUUAACUGGAAGCAGGUACUUAACUUAAAUAUUCUACUGAAGACAACUUCUUCAUAUGACCAGCAGAGGGGGCAGGAGUCAUCAUCACUACGGAGAACGCAAUGACUAUUUUGACUGUUUUUUUUUUUUUUUUUGGAUCUGCGUUAUUAGUCUUUGUCAUUUGACGAAGUGGCAGAGCAAUACACUAUUGGAUGAACUAAGCUUUAAUCAAUCAAACAAACAAACAAAAAUUAUCACAUACCAUACAUGUAAUUGUCACACUUGGUAAUCAGUGUUUAUUGAUGGUAAAACACAGUUGUGGUGACAUGAAAACCUAUUCAUUGUAGACUUCCAUGUUUGCUUUUGACCAUAGCGUGUUCUGCCCUUUUGUGGAGUCGAGACUAUAUCCUGACUCAAAAUAAACACCGGACUGGACACAGCCCAUGUGCCAUGUAGUCCUAUUUCCUAAAAAAAAAAAAAAAGUGCUGUGCUGUGAACCAAGAUGCUAAAUUGAAUUAUUCACCAAGAAGUGAAAGAUCAGGCUUGUGUACAGUCCAUGCCUUAAAACAGUAUUAUUGCUACAGUCUUCAAGGCUUUCAUUUCUUGGUGAAUAUAGUCUGUACGGCUCAGAGUAUAGAAAGGAAGGUCAGAAGAAUUAAUAGAAAAGUGAGGCAAAGCUUUGAUAGUGUCAAAAUUCCGAGAGACCAGUUGCCAAGGAAACCAAUGGCAUGUUCAUGGUGACUUUAUUCGUUUCCAUGGUGAUUGUUCCUCUAAGAAAGUGAGAUUUACAAAAGUGUUAAAAUAGAAACAUGGUGCAAAUUUAAUACCCUGAGGUUCAAGAACUUUGCUGCUAGGUGCUACUGGGUUUCUAAGAGAUAAUAUAUAUAGUUACAGGUAAAGUGACUUGAAAAUCAGCUUGCAAAAUAUAUGGUACAAAUAGCAGACUUAGAAAAUAUUUUUCCAAAUAAUGAGUUUUGUCUUGAGUUUUAAAAAGUUGGUUAGGUUUGUCACGUAAAAUACACUGUUUAGUACAUAAUUGUUAUUUUUUUAUUUAUAUAGCGCCAGCAAAAGGGUACAAAGGAUUAUAGAGUCAGUUAUUCACUAAAAUUUAUAUUGCCUGUAAUUUGACUAGUGUGACCUAAAAAUUGAAAUCUACUUUGAAUUCCCAACAUUGUAGACUUUACUGAAUAACCCAACUAAAUGAAUCUAAACACAAAGCAAGAAUAUUUCUUUUUUUUAUUGGAUAUAUAAGGAUUUUGUGAUAUAUGGUUAAUUUUUUGGGGGAGAGGGGCCAUGACAGAAUUCAGGUAUUUUGUAGAGAGCCCCAUCGAGUUUGUUGCGGUUUGCACUCUUUGCCUUUUAACAUAUAUUGUGUGUGUGUACGUGUACAAUAAUGACAUUUCUCCCUGUAUUUUUAAACCUCUAACCACUGCAACUGGAUUAGCUGAAUUUUGACUUUUACUUGUCAUAUGAGUUGACAACCGAAAAACUAUUAGAAACUAUGUAUAAAUCUUUGUCAUCUGGUCGCUAAACUGAAAAUGAUCAGGAAUUGACUGAAGAAUUGCCGAUUUUAGACAAAAACAAACUGGAAAAAUAGCAGGACUGAAAAAAAAAUGUUUACAGUCUGGCGAUCUGCAAUUCCUCCCAAUUCCUAAUAAAACCUAAUUUAGUGAGCACACUUGCUGGCUAGGCACCUCUGGUAUAAAACCGAUGACCAGUUCCUUACCCUGAUCUCCAACGGCUGUCACAUAUUGUACCCACGCACUUUGAACAGAAAUGUUUUAAUAAAUGCUUUUGUGGUCUUGA